AUGAAGAAGCGCCGAAAAUCGGGGCCAGGGAACUCUUCCGAUUUCCUCGAGAAAUGGAUUCGUGCGGAGGCGCUAGCUCCAGGCAGCAAUCCCAUGGCAAUCAAGCUGCCCCGCCAGGUCCUGGUGAAUCCAGCCACCGGCUUCAAGCCCUACGCUGGAGCCUCGCGGUUUGAUCAGCUCCCUCUCUCCGGCAAGACGCUCAAGGGAUUGAAAGAGGCCAAGUAUGAAUCCAUGACAGAGAUCCAGCGCGCAGCUCUUCCCCACGCUCUCGCUGGUCGUGAUGUUCUUGGAGCAGCAAAGACUGGAUCGGGGAAAACGCUAGCAUUUCUCAUCCCGCUAGUCGAGAAACUAUAUCGUCUUCGCUGGAGGAGUGGCCACGGUCUCGCGGGUAUCGUUAUAUCUCCAACGAGAGAGCUGGCCGAGCAGAUCUUUUUAGAGCUUGGCAAGGUUGCAAAGCAUCACAGGUUCUUGACGCGAGGCUUGCUGAUCGGGGGAUCUCACGACGUUGGGCUGGAGAGCAAUCGCGUCGGGGAGCUGUGCAUCCUCGUCGCCACUCCAGGCCGUUUGCUGCAUCACUUGCACCAGACUGCCACUCUCGACUGCACCUAUCUCCAGGUGCUUGUGCUGGAUGAAGCCGAUCGGAUUCUCGACUCCGGCUUUGCGAGAGAGCUGACAGACAUCUUGGCUGCCCUUCCGAAUCAGCGGCAAACUUUGCUCUUCUCGGCGACGCAGACGCGCUCUGUCAGCGAUCUCGCGAGGCUCAGCUUGCGUGAUCCGGAGUACCUCGCCGUGCACUCCGAGUCCGCCGUGGCGACGCCAGCCACCUUGCAGCAAAAGGUGGUGAUCGUCAAGCUUCACCGCAAGAUAGAGACCUUGUGGCGGUUCAUAAAAACGCGACUCUCUUCGAAGCUUUUGGUGUUCCUUUCGACCUGCACGCAGGUGAAGUUCGUGUACGGGGCUUUUAAGCACUUGCGACCUGGAGUUCCGCUCUCGUGUCUCCAUGGCCGCCAGAAGCAAGGCAAGAGGGACCUGGUUUUCAGCAACUUCAAUCAGGCCCGACCCUCGGUUCUCUUUGCGACUGAUAUUGCCGCGAGAGGCUUGGAUUUCCCGGCAGUAGACUGGGUUGUCCAGGUCGACUGUCCAGAAGACGUAGAAACUUACAUCCAUCGCGUCGGAAGGACUGCUCGUAACAAGCUCAAAGGCAAGAGCCUCCUGCUUCUGGAUCCAUCGGAAGUGAAAAUGAUAGAGCUACUCAGGCAGCACAAGAUUCCUAUCGAAGAGGCAGCGGAGGCUGCUCCGCGAGGGGAGUCUUGCGACUUGUCACAACAGAUAGGCGCGUGGCUUUCCAAGGAUCCCGGACUCAAGCACAGCGCCCAGCGCGCCUUUGUCACUUACGUUCGCUCGGUCGUCCUGCAGCGGAACAAGGAGGUUUUCAACGUUGGCAAGCUUCCGCUACCCGAGUUUGCGUUCUCUCUCGGCCUGGCGAUCGCUCCCCGGAUCCGGUUCCUGGGAAAGCAGGCUGCAAGCGUGAAGAAUGAAUCCCAGUCCUUGAAGAACGAGCUGGCGAAGUCGUCCUCUUCGUCUUCCAAGGUGGCCGGAGAAGUUAAGUCUUGCGCGGCUGAUGAAGAUGGCGACUUGUUCAUGCGGCUGAAGAAACGGGGAAGGGACGUGAUCAAGCCAGCAGCAGCAGCAGCACCAGGAUCUGUGAAAGCACAUAAGAAGACGAAGAGGCUAAAGAUUGAUGCGCGAAGUGGUACAGGGCAACGUCUGGUGUUCGAUGAGGAUGGAAGUAGCCAGGACGAGAGAGGAGGCGGUGUGGAAAGGUUUGAUCGGGAGAUCGCGGAGAGGUACAAGCGGUUGCAGCAGGAGAUGAAGGAGAGGGACAGGCAAGACAAGGUUUUGGAGCGGCUGAGGCUGCGAGACAAGCGUCUCAAGCGAAAGGCGAGGGAGCGGAAGCUUGAUCUUAUUGACGAGGAUAUGUCGGAGCAAGGAGAUGACAAACCGGAACUCCUCGACUCCUUGUCUCUAGCCGAUCAAGAGGCCCUCGCUCUCAAGCUGCUAAGUCGAUCAAACCAUUGACGCUGGCGUUUUGUGUCUGCCACAAGAGGAUCUAGUUUCGAGAAGAGAAUUCGCUUUGCAAAGAACCUGUGAUAGACGAUCACGUCCACUUUGGUAACACGAUGAGCAUCUUUGUUGU